ACAGAACGAAGUUUUUUCAUACAGUCGAUUUAAAACAUUCAAAGUCUAAAUCCAACUUCUCAAAAUGGCACGAUUAUCAAUUAUUUUGGGGAUCUUCUUCAUUAUUUGUGUUUUCUCCAUCAUAACUCAUGUUAGAGGAGGAGGAGAUGGAGUGCCUGUAAAACUAGUGGAUUGUAGUGUUGAUCCAAAUGAACCUUGUGAUAGUUUCACUUGUCCACCUCCAUUUGUACAAAGCGAUCGUGGAGAUGGCUGUUGCUGCAAGUAAUCCAGCGAAGUGUUUGUUUCUUGACAUUAAUCAGAUUUUUAAUUCAAUUAUAAAUUUCCAAAUGUCAAAAGUAACAUCAAAAGAGGCAUUGAAAUAAAGAAAUUUCAAUGUUGAAUAUUUUUGCGGCCUUUUUUUUAUAAUUAAUAAUUAGAAUAACUUUAAAAAUUUAAAGAUAUCUUAAUGAACAUUAAACAUGUUAAAAGAAAGUGGUUGAUGACAGACAGAAAGUAGAUAGAGAAAUGUUUAUCAUCUCAUUUCUUUCGCUUGACUCGAUGCCAUUGACACGGCCCGUCAUUUUCAAUUAGGUUGCGAAAGAUAGAGAAGAAGAAAUAUUUACAUGAGUGCUUUUUAUAGCAUGGGCGACAGUAAAGAAAAUCAUUUUGUUGAUAGCCCAGAGCAUCCGAUUUCGUUUUUUUUAUUUGAUUUAAUGCUUGCGCUGUCUGUCAUUUUCUUUAUCUCCAUCCUGUUCAGUAACAACGUUUUAUUAUUUCUCUUAUUUCUUUUUUAAGUCUCGUCCCAGCUUCUCCUUCGUUAUUUACAUCAAGAUAACAUUUUAAAUCGCUCACUAUAAAAAGUGUUAAAUUUAUGUUCGUACAUUUCAUUUUAUGGAAAAUUAAUUAAAAGAUCUUUAAGAAAAGGC